GUCUCGCGCUGUGUUCCGGUGAGACGUGGCUCUGUCUGGCCGCCAUAUUGAAGCUCUAGCUAACAGUCCUACAGCUCGGAGUCCACUGUUAACUCGAGAUACGACGUUUAAGAGCUACUUAAAACCACAGGAGCCGAACUUAAAGGAUCAGAUAUAGUUGUUCCGCAGAGAGACCAAAAUGGUGCUGCUGGCCGCGGCGGUGUGCACCAAGGCCGGGAAAGCCAUCGUGUCCCGGCAGUUUGUGGAGAUGACCCGGACUCGUAUUGAGGGUCUUCUGGCUGCAUUCCCCAAAUUGAUGAACACCGGGAAGCAGCACACCUUCGUGGAGACGGAUAGCGUUCGCUACGUCUACCAGCCAUUGGAGAAGCUCUACAUGGUCCUGAUCACCACUAAGAACAGCAACAUCCUGGAAGACCUGGAGACGCUCAGACUCUUCUCCCGAGUGAUCCCAGAGUAUUGCCGCGUGCUGGAGGAAAGUGAGAUAUCAGAGCACUGUUUUGACCUGAUCUUUGCCUUUGACGAGAUCGUUGCACUGGGCUACAGGGAGAACGUCAACCUGGCCCAGAUCCGCACCUUCACAGAGAUGGACUCCCACGAGGAGAAGGUCUUCCGUGCAGUCAGAGAGACCCAGGAGAGAGAAGCCAAGGCAGAGAUGAGGAGGAAGGCCAAGGAGCUGCAGCAGGCCAGGAGAGACGCCGAGCGCUCGGGCAAGAAGGUGCCUGCGUUCGGCGGAUUCGGCAACAGUGGUAUGACCAGCAUCUCCUCGGGGUCCAUCAUCACGGACACCAUCAUGGAGCCAGAGAAGCCCAAGAUGGUAGCCCCUCCACCCAGACCAAGUGGCCCCAGCAAAGCCCUGAAGCUAGGUGCCCGAGGGAAGGAGGUGGAUAACUUUGUGGACAAGCUCAAGUCCGAGGGAGAGACCAUUAUGCCUUCUGCUGGGAAGAGGGGCUCGGAUGCAUCCAAGAUCCUGCCCCCGCCGGCCAAUGUAGAGGGGGUGCACCUGAGGGUGGAGGAGAAGAUCUCCCUGACGUGUGGCCGUGACGGAGGCCUCCAGAACAUGGAGGUGCUGGGCAUGAUCACGCUGCGCGUCUCGGACGACAAGAGCGGCCGCAUUCGCCUGAUGAUCAUCAACAACGACAACAAAGGACUGCAGCUUCAGACACAUCCCAACGUGGACAAGAAGCUGUUCACGGCCGAGUCGGUGAUUGGUCUGAAGAACCCAGAGAAGUCGUUCCCCCUGAACAACGACGUGGGCGUGCUGAAAUGGAGGCUGCAGACCACGGACGAGGCCCUCAUCCCUCUGACCAUUAACUGCUGGCCUUCAGAGAGUGGCACAGGCUGUGACGUCAACAUCGAGUACGAGCUGCAAGAGGAGAACCUGGAGCUGAACGACGUGGUCAUCACCAUCCCCGUCCCGUCCGGCGUGGGUGCCCCGGUGAUCGGAGACCUCGACGGGGAGUACAAGCACGACAGCAGACGGAACCUCCUGGAGUGGUGUCUGCCUGUCAUCGACUCCAACAACAAGAGCGGCAGCCUGGAGUUCAGCAUCGCAGGGCAGCCCAACGACUUCUUCCCCGUCAACGUGUCCUUCGUGUCCAAGCGCAGCUACUGCGACAUCCAGGUGGCCAAAGUAACACACGUGGACGGGGACAACUCUGCUCGCUUCUCCUCGGAAACCUCCUUUGUGGUCGAUAAAUACGAAAUCCUGUAAGGAAAAUGUAGAUAAGAUUUACAAUUUAAGAAAAGCGUGAAAGCAAAACAAAUUUACAACACCAACAACAAAAUUAAAUUGCGAGCUCCGUGGAGGAAUCCGUAAGUGCGCCCUGUGUACCGCUCCAGAGACUACAUCUACAGGCUGGUGCAGCCUCCUCCCCCACCCUCCCCAGCGUGGGGCCACUGAUGAUGUAUUUAUAUGUUUGUAUGAGAGAAUAUCAUCUAUAUAUAAAGAGUGAAAAAUUGAACUGGUAAUUCAAGUGAUGAGUAAUAAUGAUGCAGACAGAUGAUAAAACAAAUGCUGUUUCCACAUAAAGACUAGGUAGAGGUGGGCUUAAGGGAUGAGGUCUGAGGGGGUGGUUCCACAGUAGGGGGGACAUGCGGAAGAAGUACUGGAGGUUGGCUUGGAGUCAGCCCACCCCAUUAAAUGUAAAAAUAAACUUGCCUAUCUCCUUUUUUAUUUCCUUAUUUUUGUGCACUCAUCUUGAGAUGCCAAGCGCUGGAAGUUCAGAUCCCAGACAUCAGACUUCCUCGCUUUUCUUCUUUCCUGGUAUGCAAAGCGCCACGUUGCAAUGGUUGCUGGGUAAAGUAGAUCUUGGAAGGUUUGAGCUUUUAUUGUUCUUUGUAAGCUCAGAAUUGUAGACGUGUCAAUCAUGAUCUGCCUGUCAGUCACAAUGCUAUGUUCUCCUCUUGCUGUUUGGAUCAUUGUAUAAAGAAAUUAUUUGUUUGGUUUGGACAAGCCUCCUGGCACCCACCCCAUCGAUGGCUUUGGAGCGGUAGUAUAUUUUGUAGCUGGUAAAUCUACUAGCAGCAAAUGGUUGAUAAUCUAUCUACCAUCUGAAUAUUUCAUCAGCAAUACCGUCACAAUGGCUUCUUUUUGUUAUUGUAACUUGGCUACUUUUCACUGUUUCCCUGUUUGAAUUGUUGAUGUUUAGUUCUCAGCUAAUCAGAAAAGAUAAACGAUUUAUAGCAAGUUAGCAUUUGAGGUAUUAAGGGAUUCUUGCCGCAUGUCAAAUGUUGGAACUACCGGGCAACGUGUUUUAAAUGUUGCUGAGGUUUGUUGACCACCAAACAACCUCUUCACAACACAACUGGUCACUGCUCCCUUAUGUUGGGUUGACUUUAGGUGAAGUGGUCAGAGCUCACAAAUGUGUAUCAUAUCCUAUAUGGCCCGCCAUUAAGCCUUUUACCAAGAUCCUUUCCUAGUCCACAAGUGUGAAGCAGAAGGCCGAAGGGCUCAGUCCACCCUAGAGCUGAUGCCCCAGCAGCCUGGUUGGUUCCCUUCAGACGGAGGGGGGCAGGGGGGGGGGGGGGGGGGGGGGGACUGGGACUCUGCAUGUCUCAGAUCUCAAAGGGACUCUUCUAGGUCCUCAUACUCAGAUACUUUGUUUCCAAUUGUCUUCAUUAUUCCAACCACAAUUCUGAUUUAAUGUUUAAUAUUUUCUGUUUCUAUUUUAAAUAUUUUUCUUUACUCCCCAAAUUUCAAUUUAGCAAUGGUUGUGGGGUUGAAGAAACAACUGGAUUGAGCAUUUUAACUAUGACAGUUAAAAAGGGGAAUCUUAACAUUCCAGUGUACAAUUAGAAAAUGACAAGAAUGAAUCUUUAACAAAAUAAAAAAUGUAUUAUUAAAAAUGCAA